CUAUCCAGCUCAAACAUGAAGUUCCUCUUCGUUUUCGUCGCCCUCUUCGCCGUGGCCCUGGCUGCUCCUUCUGAUGAUGUCGUCUUGAAAUAUGAUUCGGAUAAUAUUGGAGUCGAUGGCUAUAAUUAUGCUUACGAGACCAGCAAUGGUAUUGCUGCUCAGGAGGCGGGUCAGCUGAAGGAUAUCGGAGACGAGCAUGUCCUCAACGUCCAGGGUUCCUACUCCUACACGGCCCCAGAUGGCCAGUCCAUCAGCGUCACCUACAUCGCCGAUGAGAACGGAUUCCAGCCCCAGGGUGCCCAUCUGCCCGUUGCUUACGGUGGGGGCAACGGGCAGAUGGGCACCCUGGGGCUGGAAUCCGUUCUCAUCGGCGAUGUAGUUGACGGUGUAGGUCUGGCCAUCAUCGGCCACAAAGGAGAAGGAACCCUUGACGGCGAGGGCCUCCAGUUCCGUGCCAGCGUUCUUCAGCUGACCCUGCUCCUGAGCAGCAAUACCAUUGCUGGUCUCGAAACUGUUGGAGAACAGGGAGAAGGAUCCGUGAACGACAGCGGCCUCGUGUUCAGUGCCAGCGUUCUUCAAAACACCUUUCUGGCUGAUGCUGGUGCCAUCGCUAGUCUCCACGUCGGAGCUCCACGUGUCUGCCUCCUUAACAGCAUAGUAAUCUUUGAGUCUUCAACGAUCAACAACGUCUUCAAAAUGAAAUUCGCCAUCGUCCUGUUCGCCCUCUUCGCUGUGGCCCUGGCUGCUCCAUCUGAUGUCACCGUCCUGCGAUCUGAUUCCGAGGUUGGACCCCUCAGCUACAAAUUUGGUUCGGAGCUCAGCGACGGUACCAAGAAGGACGAGGAGGGUCAGCUGAAGAACGUGGGCUCCGAGCAGGAGGCCAUCGUUGUGCACGGCUCCUACUCCUAUGUGGCCGAUGACGGUCAGACCUACACCGUCACCUACGUCGCCGAUGAGAACGGAUUCCAGCCCCAGGGUGCCCAUCUGCCCGUUGCCCCGGUCGCUUAAGCCAUCCAAAGAGAACUACCAAGAUCUUUGUUAAUAAUUAUUUACGGCAAGGUCCUUCAAUUAUGAACUAAGUCAAAAAACCUCAACUGAUUGAUUAAAGAAAACAAAAAAUAACUAAAAAUUAUCGUUUUUAAAUUCUGCUUUCUAAAAA